GGAGAAAUGGCGCCUCGGCUCUCUAGCUGAGAGACGGUCAAUAACAGAGGGAACUGACAGCGCCGAGAGGAAACAAUACGGCAAAAGAAGGAAAAGAAAGAAAACAUGGUGAACACGAGAAAAGGCGCGCAGCUCCAGCCAUGCAGUCCUGUCAUCUCUGGGCGGACGAGGUCGGCUCUUAGGAACAACCCAAACUUGGAGGAACACAACCAUAAGGACUCCAAUAGUAAUCUCAGCUCUGGUAGCCCACGCUUGUCCCCACCAUCUAAGCGAAAACGCAGGCACACGACUCCUAGCUCCAGUGACACUUCCCCAAGUCCCCAGAGCAAAGCUCAGAGAGUUACAUGGAGCACAUCCAAACACUGCACCAGGUUAUCCACUGGUGCUUUGCAAAAUGGACACGGCCGAAGAUCCCUGCGGGUAGAUGACAGCACAGAUGGGGAUGACGCUCGCUUGAAUGGCCACGUUGAGCUGAAGAGGAGCUGUCGCUCUAGGAAGAGCCGCUUUCAGCACCUCAACCAGAGCCUGCUGUUUGACCAACUGGUCAACAGCACGGCAGAGGCGGUGCUUCAGGAGAUGGACAACAUCAGCAAUAUACGACAGAGUCGGGAAGUGGAGCGACUCCGGAUGUGGACAGACACAGAACUGGAAAACAUGGACAUGUAUUCACGUGUGAAAAGGCGGAAAACUAUGAGGAGGAACACAUUUGCAAUGCAGACACACCACAAAGUCAUCAGUAAAUCUGAAGCUCCGAAAGAAGUGGGAAGGGAGGAAGAAGAAUCCAGUGAAUCCCACGAGGAGGGAGAUGAUGAUGAUGAUGACGACGAAGAAGGGGAAGACGAUGAAGAUGAUGAAGGAGAUGAAGCAGAGGAAGCAGGAGAAGAGAACGACAGACCUUACAACCUCAGGCAGCGUAAAACUGUGCAGCGUUACGAGGCACCACCCAUUGUGCCAGUGAACAGAAAACAAAGCAAGAACACGGUGUUUGACACGCACAGAUCCCCUGCAAGAAGAAGCCAUAUUAGAAUAAAGAAGCAUGCCAUUCACAGUAGUGACACAACAUCAUCGUCGGACGAGGAGCGCUUUGAGCGGAGAAAAAGUAAAAGCAUGACACGUGCUCGGAACAGAUGUUUGCCUAUGAAUUUGCGAGCUGAUGACCUGGACGGUGUGCUUCGUGAUCGGGUGAAAGUUGGUGCUAGUUUAGCUGAUGUGGAUCCCAUGAAUUUGGAUACCUCUGUAAAGUUUGACAGUGUAGGAGGACUUACUUCUCACAUUAAGUCUCUCAAGGAGAUGGUGGUUUUUCCUCUUCUCUACCCUGAAGUGUUUGAGAAGUUUAAGAUUCAGCCUCCAAGGGGUUGCUUAUUCUACGGGCCUCCAGGAACAGGAAAGACUUUAGUGGCUCGGGCGUUGGCUAACGAGUGCAGUCAGGGAGACAAGAAGGUUUCCUUCUUUAUGCGAAAGGGAGCUGACUGCCUCAGCAAAUGGGUUGGAGAGUCAGAACGACAGCUCCGCCUUCUCUUUGACCAGGCAUACCUCAUGAGACCAUCGAUCAUCUUUUUUGAUGAGAUUGAUGGACUUGCACCUGUUCGUUCUAGCAGACAGGAUCAGAUUCACAGCUCCAUAGUUUCUACAUUGCUGGCUUUAAUGGAUGGUUUGGACAGUCGAGGGGAGAUAGUGGUCAUUGGUGCUACAAACAGACUUGACUCUAUCGACCCUGCACUCAGGAGGCCUGGUCGCUUCGACCGGGAAUUUCUGUUCAACCUGCCAGAUAAACAGGCUCGAAAGCACAUUUUAGAAAUUCACACCAGGGAUUGGAAUCCAAAGCUGUCAGAUUCCUUUAUGGAAGAGUUGGCAGAAAAAUGUGUCGGUUACUGUGGUGCCGACAUCAAAGCACUUUGCACGGAGGCUUCACUGGCUGCAUUGCGGCGGCGCUAUCCUCAAAUAUACAGCAGCAGCCAGCGCUUCAAACUGGAUGUGGGCUCUAUCGUGCUGGGGCCGCAGGACUUUGGCCAUGCUCUUCGCUCUAUUGUUCCAGCUGCUCAGAGAGCUCUCGCACCACCAGGCCGGGCUUUGUCCUGCUCACUGCGGCCUCUGCUGGAAAGAUCACUGGCCCACACACUCACCUGCCUGCUUCGAGUCUUCCCCCAUGCAGAGCUCCCACACAGGGAACAAAAACACGACUCUGACAAUCAGCUGCUGGAUGAGGACUCUUAUAGCGAGGGUGAAGAUGGAGCUGGUGCUCAGUCCAUUUAUGAUGUCCAUCCAGUAUCCCCAAAGAAAACGCACUCCUCCAUAGAACACAAACCCUUCCUUCAUUUUACAAUGUCUGCCUAUCAGCAGCCAACCUCAUACCGACCACGGCUUUUGCUAACAGGGCCUCAGGGUUCGGGUCAGAGCACACACCUGGCCCCUGCUCUGCUGCAUCACCUCAACAAGUUCACUGUGCACCGCCUUGACCUUCCCACUCUUUACUCUGUCAGUGCCAAGACCCCAGAGGAGUCAUGCGCUCAGGUGUUGCGGGAAGCACAGCGGAGUGUGCCAAGUAUAAUCUAUAUGCCACACGUCAGUGAUUGGUGGGAGGCCAUAAGUGAGACAGUGAAAAGUACUUUCCUUACACUCCUGCAGGAUGUUCCCUCUUUUACCCCACUCCUCGUCCUUGCCACAGCAGAGAUCAGCUACCAGCAGCUCCCUGAAGAGGUAAAAUGUAUCUUCAGUCGCUCCUACGGUGAGGUGGUGUGUCUAACGUCACCUGGGGAGGAGGACCGCAAAAAGUUCUUCACUGAUCUCAUACUGGUGCAAGCAGCCAGGUCACCACUUCGCCCAAGAAAAAAAGAAUGUGAUCUUGAGGUGCUGCCUCUGGUGGAAGAACCUGGCCCUCGGCAGCUCUCUCCAGAGGAGCAGAAGCGACUUGAGGAGCAGGAGGAGAACACCCUGCGCGAGCUCCGCCUCUUUCUCAGGGAUGUCACCAGGCGGCUGGCCACCGACAAGCGCUUCCAGAUCUUUAGCAAGCCUGUAGAUAUCGAGGAGGUAUCAGAUUACCUCGAGGUCAUCAGAGAGCCUAUGGAUUUGUCCACCAUCAUGACAAAGAUUGAUACACAAAAGUACACAACUGCAAAAGACUUCCUGAAGGACAUCGACCUCAUCUGCAGUAAUGCAUUAGAGUAUAAUCCAGACAAAGAUCCUGGAGAUAAGAUAAUCCGGCAUAGGGCUUGCAGCCUUAAGGACGCGGCUCAUGCAAUGAUCGCCUCCGAGCUGGACCCCGAGUUCGACCGCAUGUGUAAAGAGAUUAAAGAGUCUCGACAGAAAAGAGAUUUCCAGAUGCCACAGCAGCCAGCUGCCACUCCAACAUCUGUAACAGGCAGAAGGCCUGUUGCUGAAGAUGAAGCCACUAGCAGCACCUCUCAGAUUGAUGUGCCGGAAAAGCAACCCAGCACUGGUGGAACAGAAGCAGCACAGAUGCUGGUGAGACGCAUUACCUCUGGGCAUGCUAAUGUACGCCUCGCUGCAGGAGGUAGCAUAAAGCGCAGAGCUCGGCGUCGGUCAGUUUGGGAGCGGGGCAUUAUCAGGAAGAAGAAGAUCAGCAAGAAGGAGGAGGUAGAUGAUGAGGAGCCUGAGGAAGAGGAAGAGGUUGAUGACUCAACCAUUGCUGGCCAGGGGAACACCAGUCCGGCUCAUGACGAGUCCUCUUCCGACACCAUGGAACCACAAACUGAUAACCCUUCCCAACCUAACGGGUAUGCUCUGAGCACUGAGGAGGAGAACUCCAGUGAAGCCACUGCAACUCAAGAUCCUCAAGGCCAAGAUAAGGCCAAUACAACUAGAUUUAAGAACUCUUCUUCUGGAGCAGAGAAAGAGACGACAGUGCUCUCUGAGCUCCAAGAGUGUGUAAACGGAGAUGAGUCAAUGGACAGUAUAGACAGUGAAACCAAUGAAAAGGAAUCAGGGAGUAGAAAAAAGGUCACAGCUUUUUUCCAAGAAGAGGAACAGGCUGGAUUUGAGGUUGAAGACUGCAAGGCAAAUGAUUACACUCCAGCAGCAGAUGGGGAAGCUAGUGAUGGAGAGCCUGAAAAAGAAGGUAUCUCUGAUGAUACAACAUGUAAUGAAAGCCAAUCAGAACAGCAGAAGGAAGUUCUAGCAGAGAGGCCUGAGGACCCUCCACAGCCCCCACCUCCACCUGCUUUAGUCGUAGACCAUCAACGACUCAAGGCCCUGCUAGAUCAGGUUGUGAUGAAGAGUAAGGGCUACAGUGUGGAUCAACUGGAAAGACUUUAUUCGGUGCUCAGCCAGUGUAUUUAUCAGUACCGCAGGGAUUACGACAAGACCUGCCUAAUCGAGGAGAUGGAGAGGCAAGUCCAGCAUUUCAAUACAUUCCUGUAAAGACACAAGGUGAUCAUAAUCAAGAGACUCCUGUGAUGCAAAAAAAAAAAAGAGGAGACCAACUUAAAGAACCAAGCUGCUACCGCGAGCCGAGCAGGUUUGGUAUUAAAUGGCAAAGGUGGCGUUUAACGGAGACUUGCAAAGACUUUCAGUGGCAACCUUGGUGCUAUUGUCUCAGGUACCUGGACAGAACUAGUCUACAGAACCAAACACAAGUCAAGACUCAUAGGUUUCAAAAACAUUUAUGCCAAUUUCUAACAGGCGAUUUUUUGGUGCUAUUAGGUGCUAUUGUUUAUCCAUUUGCUGCUCUUUAAGUUUCUUUUUAAAAAAUAGUGAGAAAAGAAAAAAAAAAAUGAAAAGGAAAAUGAUUGUGUGAUGUCACUCAAAACACCUUGGACUCAUUUGUCAGGAAGAGACAGCACACUCCACCACCCAGGCACAGAUUCUCACCAGCAGCAGUAAAACCCCACAUGAACCAGGACAUGCCAGUUAGUUAUUGACUGGAAAUGGAUUGCAUCAUUCUCCUUCUCUGAACACCAUCUAUUUAAAUUGCAGUGAUACUCCUGCUCCAAAAAACACACAAUUUCUAACACAGAAUUGUGAUUUAUUUUUUAACCUGGUGCUCAUUGUGUGUAUGUAUAUAUAUAUUAUUUUACAUUCAAAUGCUGAAGCACCUUUGUAUUAAGAAAAUCUCCAAAAUUGAUCCACUUUUAUUUUAUGGGAUUCUCAUAACACCAUGAUGCAGUAAACCCAGUUUAGAAUUUUUUUUUUUUAUAUAUAUACAUUUUGAAAUAACUGAAACAUAUCUAACUACAGCAUCAGAAAUAUUUUCCAAAAGAUCUUCUCUUCCUGGCCAAUGAGCAUGUACAGUUUGGUAUAGUCAUGGCCACAUCUAUUUCUGUCUUUGGGGGAAAAAGAUGGCUUGUGACAUCCAUUUUCACUUUCUUGUUUUCUGUUUAUUCUUCUUAUUUGGAUCGAUCAGCAAACCCACAUGGUUUUUCCUUUCUAGGCAACUGUUCUGACACCAGUUCUCAUGCCAUGAGAUUGUUGUAAUAUUUUGUAUCAUUUACACAGCUUUUUUUUUUUUAAAUGAGUUAUUAGUUUGAGUUAUAAGAAUGUGUGCAUUAAUUAAUGAAUGAGGAACAAGGCAGUUUUAGCCAGUGUGGUUUGAUCAGUAUAUAUGGAGCAUUAUUAUUGUGUUGGAUUUCUCUCUUUUUUUUUUUUUUUUUUUUUUUUUUUAACUUUGUUUAUGAUUUACUUGUAUUAAGACCUUUUGAUUGGUAGCUUGUUCUUUUUAGACGCUAGGUUCUUGUUGGUUUUUGGCCGCGUGUUUACUUGCCAAGGCCCCUUUUUCUCUGAAAGAAUUGAACUGCUUCUUUCUUCAGUUUACAGAAAAUAUGUUGCUGAACUUCAGAUUCAUCUCGAUUUUCUGUAAAGCUGAGUAUACUUACAAAUCAUUUAAAAACAUGCAAAAAGAGAUAUUAGCUCUGGACUACUGCAGUGAGAUAGAGAACCCUGGCUACCUCAGUUAAAAAUUAUUUAAGACAUGUUUAUCGAAGACGUACAGUAUUUGUCAACUUCUGUAACAUCUCUGCACCUUAGCAUUUGAAAGUCCUGUGGCUGAUGCAGUAAUCCAUGAUUUUGCUCGGUUUUUGGUUGCAGUUGAGCCAACACAAAAACAUCACAUUCACUUCAGUAAGAUUUUAUUUUUUUUUCCUCUCAUGUCCAAUGGACCUUGGUGAUGGCAGCCAUAUUGUUUGUCCACUUCACUACUCUUUUCUUUGUGUCUUUCCUAAAUGCAUUUAGCUACUCCUGUUUAUUUAUUAACCUAAGUAUUGGCGUGCUUGUCUCUGUUCAGAUGUUUGUUCAUUAUUGAUUAAAAGGGGACAAAUUGGAUAUUUGUUACAGUUUUUGGAGCCAUGUCAUGAUGUAGCACAUUUUUGUAGCAGGGUUGUGCAAGUGGAGAGGUUUACAGGUCUCAGGUCUCUGCUACAUUCAUGAUCUAUUUAUUCCAUUAUGAUGGUGGUGGUGCUUUUUAGGCGUUUUGGUAAAGGGACUGUCAUACAGCUAUUGUAAUGAGUGUUUAAUACCCCAUAUCUCCUGCACAUGAUCUGCUUGUUCGGUGUAAAUCUGUAGGUACUACUGUGAUGCUGACCACUGGGUCUUGACAUUUUAGUCUGUUUUGAAAAUUCUGUAACGAUUUGACUCGCUUUCUUCUCAUAAAAUGUGGCUAUUGGUUUAUUAAUUAGUUUAUGUUUUACUAUUAAUGGUGUGAAGCUGUUUUGUUCCUAAACCAUGUCACUUAGCCAACAAAUGUGUAUAUGUGGAUUCUUUAAAUUAGAACAAAUUGGGAAACACGAUUCAAAUCUUUCUAUUAAAAGUGAUUAAAUUAACAAAAGACCUAUGAUAGUCAUCUAGACAUGGUACAGGGAAAAAAUUGACAUUAUGUAAAAACCCUGCUUUUGCCCCUCUUGGUUUGACCUGCAGACUAAAACCUGACACACACGGCACUUUUCCCACUUAGUCUGUGAAUGCUGUCCAGAAAAAAUCCUGUGAUGUCAUACGAGUUGGGCACUGGUCAGAAAUGGUGCUUGUAAUAAAAUUAGUGCAAAGCGUCACUUUCACGUUAGCUCCAUUUUUCAGAUUUGGUUUGAUGUAGUCUAGUUGCAUCUUUGUUUAAAAAUCUGUGCUGUUGUUAGACCAAAAACUGGCCUACUAGAAAACUGCCUGACUACUAUACUGACACCAGACUGGAGCCUUAAACAUGUUAGAGAAUAAAAAGAUGGCGUAUCCCAUUCUGAUCCCGCAUCAUCUCCUGAAGAACAAAGUCAUUUCCCAUGAUUCCCGGUUUAAAGUCAAGUUGACUAAACAUCCAGAUUGUUGAUGUGUUCUGGAGGGUAGUUUUAUGAUUUUUUUUUUUUUUUUUUCCCCAAUAAUUUUUAUUUGUAGUUUUUUGAAAUAAACCUCUUUCUGUGAUUAUAAUAAUUGCCUUUAAUAUGUAGGCUGUUGUUUAUUUAUUGAUCUGAUUUUUUGGGGGAUUUGUAUUUCUGCUAUUGCCGGGGUCUUUGCCCCGUUUUCUCAAAUUGGUAAAACUCAUUUGAAGCCUGGUUAAUAUCCAACCCAGUGUUUCUUUUAGUGAAAGUCCUGUUGAAAUUAACACAUUUACUGUAAUUUAUCAAACUGCUGUGAUUAUACUUGAAUAAAAGGUGCAAAUUGUA